AUGUACAAAUAUUACCACCUCACCCAUAUAAUCGAUUCCCUUGCAGCUACGACUGAUCUGAAUCUCAAGGAGGACGAGGACUAUGAAUCUAAUCCACCGAGGAAUAUUUCGAUAUCUAUCAACAACCGAUACCAAGCUAAUUACAUCAUUUCGGGAGGUGCCAACGCCAAUCUGGUCUGCUCUGUUGAUGGAUUUCCUCCUCCCUUCAUCACGUGGCGAAAGGAUGGCGACAUCAUAAAGGAAGAGAACCUCACAGACCGCUAUGGCCUCCGCCAGCCUCCCACUGACGGCUUCAUUAGUGUCUUCGACGUGAUCAACGCCGGGCGUGAAGACAGCGGCACCUAUGCAUGUACAGCUCACACCAGCGCCAACCAGAAUGAUAGUCCGGAGGCCGAGGUGCACCUGGCCGUGCCUACCUAUUUCCCAGUUUUACAAAAUCAAGGGGAACUUUCAAGGAGGUUCACUGUUGUUGAGGGAGAAUCAAUCGUGGUCAACUUCACAGUCGUCUCAAGUCCAAGGUCAUUAGUUGUGAAAUGGAGCCUGCAGGCAGAUGGAAGUAAUGAAACCAGUGUUUGGAGUAGGAGCGGUGACAAUUCUCUUUGGAACAUGAGGAACCGGACAUUGUCAACUGAUGUCCAGUUAUUUCAAUUCUACCACGUGAAUGUUACUGAAAACAUGACCGGUCUGUACAGGGUCAUCUUGACCAAUGGUCUUCGUCGUAAUCUGGAUUUGGAAUACAGUAUCGGAAUAAGAUAUGGGUCAUCUUGA